AUGCCUCCCCUGGAGGACGCGAUUGGCAAAUACAAUGAUGCAUGUCUGGAUGAGCUUGACAGGGUCAUGUUCAAGCUGAAGGACAGCAACAUCAAGACGAUCGUUUCUCCCCAUGACUCCAACUCCCUCUUGGGUGACUAUCGCGCACACGCCACAGCCUUAUUGACCUGCAUCUUCAGCGAUAUUUAUCACGACACCUUCGGCAGGGAUGCCUUUUAUGUAGAUCAAACCGCUUUUGAUGCCUACGACGCGCGUCUGUCACAUAUACUCAACUAUCAAGGCGCACACUCUGGUCAGGUUUGGAAGGAUUGGCCAGAAGCUAUCAUGAGCUUCAACUUGCAGGGGGACGACGCUCAAGGCCGGCUCUGCGGCCGUGCCACCCACCUUCGAGAUGAGCUGGGUCCUGACAACCCUAUCCUGGUCUCAACUGGAGGUGUGGGCGGAGACUUCUCACAUGGAUGUACUUUCGUCAUUGCAGUCACAGAGUGUCCCGCUGUGGAUGCUAUCUCUGUCUACCGCUUUGCCAGCGUCCCUGGUAAUUGGGACUUAGUACUGGAUGGCUGGCUAGACCAGGCAAACGACAAGCUCGUCUACCUUGAGGAAUGGGGGAUAGAUAGCUCAAACCUAUGA